UACAGGAACGCCGUCAUAAACACUGUCUAACACACGUCAACAAACACAACGAAGGUCUCCUGUUCAAGAAGAAAGAAAGAAUACAACGAAAUUGAAUAUUACACUGUUUCAGGAUUAAUACAUGCCCUCGGUAUACUGGUACCAAAUUUCAGUUAGAGGAGAAAAUGGCAGCUGAGGCUUGGUGUUACUCCUUGCUGUACUGGCUCUUUGCAUUGAUAGUGCUGUACCCUCCAGACGAAGUGGUCUCAGCAGGGCUAACUAUAGAGGCCUUGCUCGGGUCAUGGCUAGGAAGUCAAUUGAGUGGAUUUAUUCAGUACCAUGUAAGGAGGACAGCAGCCACUCUCAUUGUACAUUCUCUUCUUCUGCCUGGAUAUUUCAUCAUGCUCUUUAAUACACAGCCAUGGGUAAUGGAAUGGGCAAACAGUAAAAUACAUCCAAAUGCAGUAAUACUCAUGGUUGUAGUUUCUUUGGCCCCUGUGGUUAUGGCUACUGUAUUAGUGGCUUACUGGUGGAAGAACAACUGGAAAAUGCACCCCAUUUGCCGCACAUUGUCUCUCUAUGCUCAAACUGAUGUAUAUUCCCCAUAUGCAUGGGUUGCAGUUGCUAGUAAUGUUAAUAUUGAAUUUCGUAGGGUAGACAAGUUCAGCACCAAAGUCAACAGUGUGUGUCGUGUAGUGGCCACAGAUAGUUGGUUGAUGAAAAUAACAGCAUACAGUGUCUAUCUGACACACCAGAGGGAUGCUGUUCUGUCUUUAGAAGGCAGUUUUGAUCAGAGAUUCAUAUCCCAUAACAGCUCAAUGGAUACACAACUCCUUACUAUCUGUGUUAACUCAGUAAAGGAAGGGAUAUCUCCAUUCUACAUAAGGUUGACCUCCAUAGAUUAUACUGAAUUGGAGAGGAAAAUUGUCAACCCAGUGGUAAAUGCUAGAGAAGUAGUGAUCAUGCAGAGUCUUUCUGAUAGGUUUCUUUCAGCCUUCACCGAGGCAGUGAAAGAGAACCCCAGAGUGUUUUUAUUAGAAGAACAGGAUAUGUGCAUUGGCUGCAUGGCUAUAAAAGCAGAUGUCAAGCUCCAACGUCGGUGUGGCACAUCAAAUGCAGAGGAAGGGCGAUGUGUUACAUGCUAUUGCCGACCAAUGUGGUGCUUAACAUGUUUGGGCAAAUGGUUUGCUGCUCGACAGAAUCAAGACCAGCCAGAAAUGUGGUUGUCUUCUAGAGCACCGUGUCCAACUUGUCGUUCAGCGUUUUGCAUUCUAGAUGUUUGCAUUAUUUCAGAGAGCUGAUAACAUGCAUGUAUAAAAGUGAAGUAGUGAAAUUUCUUUAAAGAUGGCACAUGUUAUUUGUAAUGUGAAACAUUUUCUUACAAAUUACUUUUCAAAGUCAAAGGGAUUGAUUAUAUAACUAUAGAUAAAACCUUUUUCUGUUUCAUAAUUUCUUUUUUCUAUUUCAAUUUCUCUUGAUGAUCCUUUCUCUCAAGUUCAAGCUGUCUUCAUGUUUUCUAUUGUAAAUUAACUGCAGUUGAUGUAUUUUCUAGCAUGCUUGAUAUUUUGUAUGAAGGGAACAAAACAAAAGGGACUCUUUUAAAGACAAAAAUAUAAGGUUUGAAAAUAAACUUAAGUGCAAUUAUAAAUAUGUUUUUGUUGAAAUCAAAUUUAUAUUUUUUACAUGAA